UUGGAACGAUGUUUGACAAGCAGGUGUCUAAAUACUGUUGGUCAUGACCUUGAUCACUUCAGUAACCCUGCACAUCGUAAUAUAAUGGUACUGGAAUUGACCUGUACAUAACUUGCAUUCUCAUGGGUUUUUUUCUUCUCAUUUCUUGUUUUUCUGUAAUCUGCAUUACAUUUAUUCUGCAUUGUUGGGAAAGAGCUCGCAAGUAAGCAUUUCACUGUACUGUUUUACACCUGCUGUAUCCUGUGCAUGUGACAAAACGUGGACAUACUGAGGAGAGUCCCUUGUGAAUUGGAUGUACCAGAAGAGAUUAGGAGAUGCUGGUAGUGUAGUUACAGCUGAAAGUUACGUAAUCCUUCAAGGGCAGUAACAUGUCCACUGCUGGUCAGCAGUCUCUUCACCUCUCCAAUUUGAAAAAGUAAUCGUUUUUAUUAUUAAUGAAAUUGUAUAACUAAUAGGUAAGUAACAUCCAGACAAAAAAGAAUAAGGAAACACUAGGUCCUAUACCAUACCAAAAUAGCAUUCAGCAAGGAUCAUCAAGUCAAUGUGCCAUUAUGGUUAAUGUAUAGAAGAAUAGACUUAUAGACUUUAUGUUCCAUCCAUUGUAGCUAAGAAGUCUCAUAACUGGGGCUCUACACUAAGGGAGGAGCUUAUGGUAUAAUCAAUUGUUUAGUUGAACUGGUAGAUGGACUCCUUGUGAAAUAUGGCCCUUGUCUGGUUGAUUUUGUUUGAUAUUUGGAACUAUAAAAUAAUUGAUAUUUUACAGUGUUGUCUUUUCCAAAUAAUUUCAAAAUUAUACUUUGGCAGAAAUAUAUUCAUGUUCAAGCCAAAUUAAGCUCAUCUGACAAAUAAACUCAGAUGCGUGGAUAUUAUUUUAUCUGAAAGAAAGGCACAGACCAGUAGCCUAUGGAGUAGUCCAGCAUACACCUGGCCUAUGCUGCCCAAAGCCACAGAGUUAUCUUUACUAUGCAUUUAAAACAGUAGUCAAGUCAACUGAUUUGUUUUAUGAUUUAAACCAAUGAUUGACACGGGAUGCAACCAUGAUCAUCAACCCUGUCAUGGCAGCGCACAUUAACGUAAACGAUGGGCAAUGGCAUCACAAUGUGGCUAGCUUAUUACGCAUGGGUUGUAGUCUCUCGAUUUGGUCCAUAAAAUAAAUGUCUCAGUGCUGCCUGGAGUUAAUCAAGUAGAAAACUGCCUGGCUCAUGCUUUUCCUAAUGUGGUGUUUCACUAUCUCGUGAAGGUGAACCUCUGAAGGCGCACGGCACUGUGUCAUAUUAAACAGUCACAGGACAAGUGUAACAUCAAGAUUUAGUAAAGCGGCAGGCAGAAACCAGGGCCAGAACGACUGACUCAACAGGACUGCGCACACAGAACGCUGUAGUGGCGAGACCUUCACAAAGAUCCAGCGCUUGGACGCAAAAGGAUGGAUUCUUUCAGACCAGGCUCCAGCAUAGGAUUGUCUCCCUCUCCAAGAGACCGACAAUCACCCAUCCGUUUUGAUCGGGAGCACUCACAACCGGGAACAAUGGCCGGAUGUCGGGCGGGAACACUUGGCUUCCCAUCCGAAUCGUUGUGCGUAAAGUACGGGGAAUUUUUAAAGAACACCGCCGCAGCAGCGGAGAGCAGUGGUGGGGAGCAGAGUCAGGAUGAUGACAGUGAUGGCAUUGGUCGGAGUGACAUGGUGCUUUUUCCAGAGGAAAGGCUCAUGGCAUCAAUGGCCAAAUGUGACGCAGCAGGUAAGAAACACAAAGAGCAGAAGGUGUUGAGGCUCAACAUUAACGCCCGAGAGAGGAGGAGGAUGCACGACCUGAACGACGCGCUCGAUGAACUGCGGUCGGUGAUCCCCUACGCGCACAGCCCAUCCGUACGGAAGUUGUCAAAAAUAGCCACUUUGCUCCUCGCCAAAAACUACAUCCUCAUGCAGGCACAAGCACUUGAAGAGAUGAGAAGACUUGUCAGUUAUCUUAACCAUGGACCUGGCGUUACUGCUGCGAAUACUGCUGGUGCACCCGGAUUAGGGCGGUAUGACCAGCAGACAGGAUACCCGUUCUCUGCUGGGGUUCCGGACCCUUUCAAUAGCAAUGCAAAUCUCUUCAAUAAAUAAAAAUGUCAACAAUAAACCUUGAACAGUUGUGUCGGACACUAACAGGGGACUUCACGCUUCGUGAGCACAACUGAAUUGAUGGGAUCAGCGUGACUGACAGAAGUAGUCACAUAUUACGAGAACAUGGAGUCCUAUAAUAGAUGACUCUGUUCUGCAUGGUGAUUGCGUUUCGAAAAUAGUUUUACAAAAUCUAACUAAUCUAACUAAAUGACAGCUAACAUGGUCAAAAAUGGUUAGCCUUUUAACAAAUUAUGUUUAGUCUUAUUUAACCAUUAUGUCCUACGGUACAUUUUCUUCCGUUUGAUUAGAUGAUGUUCGAUGGAUAAAUUGUAUUGGUGACAUAAAAUAGAUAUGUUAUGGUCUGUUUUCCAGUAGCCUAUACCUCAAUGCAUGGGCUAUGUACAAUCAAACCCAAAUUAGUUACAAAGAGCAAUUGUGAAUAUUGGGUGAAUUAAUAGGUAGCCUAUAGGCCUAAGUUUGAUAAUGAUAUCAAUCAAUGAUAGUUUUUACCGUCAAGGACUACAUUGGAAGUGUUUUAAUUAAUCUUUUUAAGUGCCAUUGUACAUUUUGUUUUAGGCUAUAUAUCUUUUACCCAAAUAAAUACAAUACAAAUAUUUUCAUACAUGUAAUUGUCAUUAAUUGUGUAAUUUACAUUUCCCUAAAUACUAUUUAACAAUGCAGGCAUUUGACAAACUUGAAUAAACAUUUUAUUACCAGGGACAGCAUUAAUGACAAACAACGAUCAGAACGCUGUACUCACACAAGAUAAUUCCUCUGAGUAUGAACCUUGCAGAUUCACUGGAUCAAUUGAAAGAAUAGGUCAGUAUUGGUAAAAAUGUAAGGAAUAAAAUUACUGCCACAUGCAGAACUGAUUUGUCCAGUUGUAAUUUAUUUCAUGAAUUGUAAAUACUCUGUAGGACUCUUGAAAUAGGAAAGACAUUUGAAUGUAUAACUUAAAUGGUUGGUUAUUUGGUUAAUGUUAUAGAAAAAUGAAACUAAUAAAAUCAGUCAUGUUUUAGGGACACCACCAUAUUUACUACAUAAAGCUUUUAUCACAUUGUCCUUUUACCCUGUAAUAUAGUUCAACUAUUUGAUUCAACUACUGUUGUACAGUAUAGAUCAGGGAUGGGCAACUUUGACAGUGAAAAAAUGUAAAAUAAUUUGAGUUCAUUUCCUGCAAUUCUACACAUUUUGUCAUGUGGUGGAGAGAAAUGGUUGCCGUUUUUAAUAUGAUAUCUGAGUGAGAGUGAAUAACAAAAUCAAUGGGGGCCCCGGUCGGUAAUUCAACCACGAUUACUACAGGUCAAGAUAGCUGGCUAGACUAACUUACCAAUC